UCGUCGCCAGACCGUGCCUUGACAGCCUUUGCACAACUCGCAGCAUUCCGCUUGAGAGCGCGUAGAACUUUCAUAUCCCUGAUCGAUCGCAAAUUCCAAUAUGUCAUCGCCGAGGCUACAAAGACACUUUCUCUGGAGAAAAAUACCGUCGACGAUGACAAAGAUAAUCUCUGGGUUGGUGCGACCGCCUUUGAGAGAAGGGCAACUCCCUGCGAAUAUGCCGCUGGGCUUCUUGUUGCACCAGAUCUCCUUGUCGCAGAGCAGAAAGAGGAUGUAAUAGUCUUCCCGGAUCUGUCUGAGCACGUCUUGUUCAAGGACCACGUUUUGGUUACCGAGAUUCCACAUGGUCGAUUUUAUGCCGGAGUUCCCAUCGUUUCGCCAAAUGGCUACAACAUUGGAGUUUUCUGUGUCUUGGACGACAAGCCGAGAGAGGAAGGCCUCAGCACGACAGAAGUUGAUUUCAUGAAGGAUAUGGCUGUGACCAUUAUGAAUCACCUUUCGAUGGCCAGAGCGACAGCCGAACUCAAUCGUUCUCGAAACAUGGUCCAGGGGCUGGGGCAAUUCGUCGAUGGCAAGACCAGUAUAAAGGAAUGGUGGAAUGGCUUCAGCCAGGACGAACCCGACCGUCCUCGAUCAAGAGCUGGAAUUGAGCGCAAUGGACGUGCCACCAUCAGGUUUGCAAAUUCGUCUUCCAGACAUCUUCGACCAACUGCACCUUCUGCGCACACGCCGGAACCCUCAACAGAGGCGGUGGUCGCCAAUCGUUUGCAAGAAGAUUCCAUCUCACCGGAUAUCAAAUCUACGUUCCAGCGAGCUGCCGAGAUCGUCAGAGAAUCCGUCGAUGUCGACGGCGCCAUUUUCCUCGACGCUUCCAUUGGGUCAUUCGCUGGGCUCGUCGAUGGAACUCAGACACAACAAGACUCGGUGACUCAGUCUUCUGGUGACACAUCAUUCCACUCAAUCAGAACUACCGAGAGCUCAUAUGCAAACGACGAGAAACAUUGUAUCGUUCUGGGAAGCUCGCUGGCUACAGUCAGCAAGCGCAGAUCUUCUCACUUGUUACCGAGCUUGCCGACCUCUGUCAGCGAACGGUUCUUACAAAGACUCCUGACCAAAUAUCCUAGGGGGAGGAUUUGGAGUUACGACGAUGAGGACGUUUACGAAGGCCUGAUCGACUCUCCUAGCACUGCAGACUUUAUGAAUCGCAGAGGCGAGCGUUGGAGAGAGAGAAGAUUGCUUCGCAGUCUCUUUCCUGGAGCGCGCAGCCUGGCUCUCGUCGGCAUGUGGGAUCCCCACCGCAGCAGAUGGUACGCAGGAAGCAUACUCUGGACCUGCAACCCCACACGCAUUUUAUCAACUGAUAAUGAACUUAACUACAUGACUGCAUUUGGCCAGUCAAUCAUGUCGGAGAUUGCAAGAAUUGAUGUCAAGAUGGCAGACAGAGCCAAGGCGACAUUCAUCAGCUCGAUUUCUCACGAAUUGAGAACCCCUCUGCAUGGCAUCAUGGGUAGUUCCGAAUGCCUGCAGGGCACGCCUUUGGAUGCUUUUCAGUCCAGCCUUAUCAACACGAUCGAGACUUGUGGCAAGACUUUGCUCGACACAUUCGACAACUUGCUAUCUUAUGCAAAGAUCAACAAUCUCAGCAACACCAACUACCGGAGGACCUCCGUUUCCUCGACGCGCAAUGAGCUACAUCGGAAUGGUGCCGAAACAGUGCAAAGUCCUGUGGAUUUGAGUAUCCUGGCCGAAGAAGUGGUUGACACCGCUUUUGCUGGACACGAGUUUGUUCGUGUUACACCUGUCAAGGGAGGGACGACUGCCCAUGGAGCCGUGCCUGCACAUUUGACCGCUGCUCAGCCUGUGAAGGGACUCGAAGCAAUCACGGUACUCCUAGAGUACGACACGACUUCAAACUGGGUAUUCACAACUCAAGCUGGUGGCUGGAUUCGAAUCAUCCUGAACCUGGUUGGAAACAGCCUCAAGUACACUGAGAGGGGCCGUGUCACGGUGCGGUUGGACUCUAAGCCUUUACCAAGUCCGUUGUCCGAAGAGGACGUCGAGGUCGUCUUGACCGUCAGCGAUACAGGGAAGGGCAUUUCAGAUGAUUUCUUAUCUCAAGGUGUCUUCUCGCCCUUUGUCCAAGAAGAUCCACUAAGUCCGGGCACUGGUCUGGGUCUCAGCAUUGUCAAACAGAUCAUUACGGGCAUGGGCGGCAGCAUAAGUGUCGAGAGCAAGCUGGGUGAAGGUACCAAGUUCUCUAUUACGGUAUGCAUGACACGCGCAGACUCUCCUGUGGAAUCAGAGAACCUGCCUGUAGUAGCCGACGUCGCCGAUAUGCUUCGAGACAAGCGCCUGAACAUGAUCGUACCAGUUGGCGAGCAAGACGAAAGUCAGUUCACCGAUCUCUGCAGCAAAUGGUUCGGUGCAUCGGUUCGCUGUACACCAGAACCGGAAGAGGCCGAUGUAUAUGUUGUCCUGAAAAGGCACACAAACGCGCUGGUCAGGCAACUGGCAUUCAAGCCCGCACAAGCCAACCCUAUUGGACAGAAACCGGUCAUUGUGCUGUGCAAGGAUCUCGCCUCUGCGCAUGCUCUUCAAUCUAACAAGUCUAUGGCUGCCAUCAGCUCAUGCAUGGAGUAUCUGGCACAACCUUUGGCACCAAACAAGAUCGCCAAGACGCUUUCUCGAUGCCUGGACCGCCCUCCCGCAACGCCUCCUCUACUACCACUAUCACGUGCUACCAGCAUAUCCUCCCAACGUCCACGAGCUCGUCGGGUCAGCUCGAACAUUUCACAAAACAGCACAAAUUCCAAUCCUGAGGUUAUACUAUGCACGCCUGUGGAAGAGAAGACGCAGGAGAUGCUUUUUUCCAAGGUCCGACAAACCGCUGAGACGAACCGUGUGGGUGUGUCGGUCUUGCUCGUCGAUGACAACAGCAUCAACUUGAAUUUGUUGGCUACAUUCAUGAAGAAGCAGAGGCACGCAUAUGACACCGCCACCAAUGGUCUCGAGGCACUACAUGCAUAUCAAGCCCACACCGAUCCCACACGCCUGCCCGAGAAGAGUGAAAACUCGUUACUCCUACAAAACCGACCCGAGUUGACAGCACAGUCCUUCGACUUCGUUCUGAUGGACGUCAAUAUGCCUCAGAUGGACGGUCUCGAAUCCACCCGCCACAUUCGAGCUUUCGAACGAGCAAAGGGAUUGCGUCCGGCAGUCAUUGUUGCGCUUACCGGCAUGGCAUCUGCAAGUGUACAACAAGAAGCUUUUGCCAGUGGAGUCGAUCUCUUUAUGACCAAACCAGUACGACUCAAGGAACUCAACAAGAUUUUCGAAGAACAUAGAAAACAUUGA